GGCAAGUUCGUGGCCCUGAAGAACGUGCGGGUGCAGACGACGGAGAACGGGCUCCCCUUCAGCACCAUCCGCGAGGUCGCCCUCCUCAAGCGCCUCGAGCACUUCGACCACCCCAACAUCGUUCGGCUGAUGGACGUUUGUGCCAUCGCGCGGACCGAGCGCGAGACCAAAGUGACGCUGGUCUUUGAGCACGUCGACCAGGACCUGAAGACCUACCUGGACAAGGCACCUGCACCUGGGCUCCCCCUUGACACCAUCAAGGACCUGAUGCGUCAGUUCCUUAGUGGCCUCGACUUCCUGCACUCGAACUGCAUCGUGCACCGGGACCUGAAGCCCGAGAACAUCCUGGUGACCAGCAGCGGGCAGGUCAAGCUGGCUGACUUCGGCCUGGCCCGGAUCUACAGCUGCCAGAUGGCCCUGACCCCAGUG